UACCCACAUGUAACAGUCACUAACUUCACCCAUCUAUAUAUGGAUAUAAAUACCCCCCCCCCCAAACCUAUUCACUCGAUAUCUCAACAAUCACAACAGACAGCAAUCCAUCAAUCAUUCUAUCUUUUACCUCUCCUACUAAAAGAAAAUGGCACCAAAACCUUACCUUUCCAUCACCCUCAUCACCUUCAUGCUCAUCAUGGCUUCCACGGCGACCGCCCGGCCAGUGGCGAAACGCGAGGACUCGCCCUCUACCACUGCCGAAAGCCUCGUGCACAGGCUCAAGCUGGACGAAGAGACGGGAUACUGUUGGGACUCGUUGAUUGAGCUUCAGCAUUGCACUGGCGAGCUUAUCAUGUUCUUCCUCAACGGAGAGACCUACAUCGGCCCUGGGUGCUGCCGCGCUAUAAGGACUGUCGGGCAGAAAUGCUGGCCGAAUAUGAUGGGGGUUCUAGGACAGCAAUCCAUCAAUCAUUCUAUCUUUUACCUCUCCUACUAA